AUGGCACAGCAACAGCUUAACUUAACUCCUGAAGCCCUGGCAGCACUUUUACAGGCACUUAUGGCCCUUAACCUGAAUGUAAACAAUGCUAAUGCAUCCACUGUUGCAUCUACCUCUGUGAUGGCGACUACCACAAGCACUGCUUAUGAAGAGCCAGAGGGUGACAUGGCUCCUGCUACUUCCAAUGGAUCUGGUGAACAAGCCAUACCAAGUCCCUCUCCCAUGUCCACUGGUGCAAGCACAUUGAUGAGCCUCUAG